AGAAAAAAAAAGAAAUCUAUUUUCGGAUGAUAAAUCUAUUGUCUAUUGAUAAGGACCGAAGAGAAAAAAAGGAAAUGUAUUGUUAAGAUUGAAUUCUGAUUAGAUUCUGUUAUAAAUAAUGUUAAUAAUAAAAAGAUUGCUAACGAAAUGUAGAAAUGUAGACAUCAAUUGUUUUCUGUCUAUUGUUGAAUCAUCAUUAUUAUUAAAGUGCAAUCGAUAUCGUUUUUAUAAUCUGAAUAAUCACUGCCAACGAUCGCUAUCAUCAUCAGCGACCAAUGACACAAAGUCUAAUAAUUGUAAAUAUAAGAUUGCCAUUAUUGGUAGUGGUCCGGCCGGUUUUUAUACCAGUCAACAAUUAUUAAAGUAUCCGAAUUUGAAUGUUGAUAUCUAUGAAAAAUUUCCCGUUCCAUUUGGUUUGGUUCGUUUUGGUGUAGCGCCAGAUCAUCAAGAAGUAAAAAAUGUUAUCAAUUCAUUCACCAAAGUGGCCACAAAUGAUCGUACACGUUUCAUUGGAAAUAUUAAUAUCGGUACCGAUAUUACAUUUCAGGAACUUCGUGAUGCUUAUCAUGCUGUCGUAUUAUGUUAUGGUUCAUCACAGGAUGCAAUGUUAAACAUACCGGGUGAAUCAUUGGGUAAUGUUAUAUCAGCACGACGAUUUGUUGGCUGGUAUAAUGGUAUACCACAGGAUAAAGAUCUAGAAUUAUCAUUAAAUACUUCGUGUAAUACUGCAAUUAUAAUCGGACAAGGUAAUGUUGCUUUGGAUUGUGCACGUAUCCUAUUGACACCGCCGGAUAUUCUUAAGAAAACGGAUAUUACAAGUCAUGCGUUUCGAAAAUUAUCCAAUUCUAAUAUACGUCGCGUGGUUAUAAUUGGUCGUCGUGGUCCAUUGCAAGCGGCAUUUAAGAUCAAAGAAUUUCGUGAACUUACCAAAAUGCCUGAUUGUCAUGUUCGAUUUGAUUGGUCACAAUCGAUUCGUGAACGCUUAGAUUUUAAUGAUAAACUCAUCGAUUCACUGCCACGUUCACGUCGGCGAUUGGCUCAGUUAUAUCGCCAGAUAAUUGAUGGAUCAAAUAAAAUGAGAGAUGAUUGUUCGAAAGAAUGUUUGUUUAAAUUUUUCCUAACACCCAUUGAAAUCUGUCCAGAAUCACCAAUGGUUGCAAGUGUACGAUUAAAACAAAAUCUAUUGGAUGAUUAUAUACGUGAAGAUGCAAAAAUUAUAGACACUUGUGAUAAUAAACUAAUUGAGGAACCAUGUGGAAUAUUAAUCCGUAGUAUCGGAUAUCGAUCAGUGCCAUUAGAUCCAUCGUUACCAUUUGAUAAUCGUCGUGGUAUCAUUCUUAACCAACAAGGACGUGUCAUCGAUAAUCCUGAUCUUUAUUGUUCGGGUUGGGCUGCAUUCGGUGCAACAGGUGUUAUAGUGAACACGAUGUCAGCCAGUUUUGAAGUUGGUAAAAAUAUUUUAAACGAUAUUCAAGAUGGUCGUCUUGAUACCGAAACGAUCAAACGUGGUUAUGAUCAAAUUAGGCCAAUAUUAGAGAAACGUCAAGCCAAUAUUAUCGAUUUUGUUGAUUGGACACGUAUCGAUCAAUUCGAACGUGAACAAGGUCGUAAAGAAGGCAAACCUAGAGAGAAAAUCGUUUCCGUCGAUCAGAUAUUUGAUGUAAAAAAGAAAUUUGAAUAGGCAAUUUUUUUUAUUUGAAACAAUUUAUUAAUAAUAAAAAAAUCUGUUAAUUAA